AUGGACCAAUCAGUGAGUACGACUGAGGAAAGCUCACUCACUUUGCGAAUUUGCCUUGGCGAAGCCGUUGAGGCGGGAAAUCGGCGUCCGGCCCGACGGAGUGCAUUCGGGCGCACCAUGAGCCACACUGUGCGCUGGCUGGGCAUUACAAUUCUGCUCUAUUUGACCACAGUUGCACAGCAAGGCUGUACGGAACUAGCGCUUCCAGAAUCGUCACUCUUUUGGAAAGCAGAGCCGGCCGGCGGGGCCAGCCUGUCCGGGACGCCGCCUCGACUCGUCUGGUGGUCCCGUCGAGAAGCCGCCAAGCCAGCGACCGAUCGAUCAACCUCCCAGCGCUUAAACAGCCGCCUCUCGUCCGUCGUCCUGCCGGCCAAGAUC